GUUUGAAUAUCAACAAACAUGACCGAGAUGAUAUCAUUUUGAACAAACGUAAAUUUCAAUUAUAUACUAUCCUAAAAGUUUUAUGCUUGGCAUCAGACGGCAAGGAUGGGGAGCAGGGUGAAUCCUCUAGAUGCUUCUCGCCUUGAAGAACAAACGAACGGUUAUGAAUCAACGCAGCUACCGUAUUAUGGAGAAGAAACUCAACAGCAAGAACGUCCUGACAUUGAACAUCUUCCCGUUGGACGAACAUCCAUGGUUGCAAUUCGGAGCGAGAAACAUCUGGCAGUGAUUACAUUGAAAAGGACUUCAGCAUUACUGGAUAGGUUUUGCAGCACAAUGAUGGGUCCUAUUAAAAAUGGCGAAAACAUGUCAUACCUAGAUCUUUGUAGUGGCAUAAUUGGAGGCUUGAGUUUAUGUCUUCGUCCUUUAUGGCUUUUUGGGAGAGUGAAGAUCAAGAAACAGGGAAAGUGGGAAAGGCGUUUGUGGUGGUUGAGAGCGUUGUAUUUCCUCUUCAUAGCGUUACUAUGCCUUGGACGAUUUAUUGCAGGAGGAAUUUAUCAAUCAGCCAUGUGUUACCAUGAUAGAUGGGUAGCAUACUAUCUUCUAACUAUGGCCACGGUGGAUACAUGCCGUCUCAUGUUUAUUGGACUGACAUGGAAGAAGAAACGUCUUCUGAAACUAGCUACAAAUAGUUACGUCCAUAUAUAUCUUCUUGCCGAUUAUGUAUUUACAUUUACCUGGAUAUAUGUAGCGGAACGUACGGCGCCAGCUUUCACAAAGAGAUAUUCAGUGUGUACCGACAACCCCGACGGAAUAUCGUCGUAUUAUCGUUUCUCAGCGGUAUCUAUGGGACACGAUUUUCUUUCAAUGAUAGUGUAUUCGAGUAUAUCACUAAAGCUUUUGUUUAUUUUCAUUUGCGGCAGUGUGUGUGACUGCUGUCAAAGUUUGAAACAGUAAAACUCAAACCAACAGUAACAAUUAGUUUGAAAGCAAAUAUGACAGAAAAUUUUACUUAAAAACCGUCACAUUUUAUUGAACAAUUUUAAUGUCAGAGCAAAUAAAAGCGUUCCUGUUUCUACAUACUUCUGUUUCUGUCUUCAAAAUAUUAAUAAAAAAUUUACACCAUAA